UGUUUGCUUCGGCAUUGGCUUCAUAGCGUGUUUUGCGUGGCUCUGGCGUGGUGCAGACAGGCUGAAGCGGAAUGGGGGUUUUGACUUAACUACACCUGCAGUGAGCUCUUCAUGUCAUGAACGAUACAUCAGACACAUUUGGAAUGCAGAUCAAAAUUCAACUUUCAAAAUGCCAUGGGAACUCUCGAUGGACACUCCAUGGGACGCAUGCAAAAGGCUCAGGACCAACGAGAUUGACUUGCAUGGACCACUGCCUCCCAUGCCAGUUUCUGCAAAGGUUCGUAACUCAGAAGGUGCUAUAGCUGAGACUCUUCCCUUCAAACAGAAUGGAGUCAAAGAUGCCAAACAUGCUGAUGACCUUUUGUUGUCAGACAGAUUGUCGUGGGAACGCAAAGGUACUUACAAGAAGUGGGAUAGCAUCAUCCUGAGGCAGGUUGGAGCCUUUGACGUUGCCAGACAGCAAGACACUUGCCACACCAUGGGAUUGGCACGUGGAGGCCUACUUGAGUCGGUGAAAGACUUGUUAGGCACCAAGGCCUCAUCGAUGCUCCACUUGGCGACAGGAUCCAUCUUGCAGUACAUUCAGUUUGGUGAAGAUAGAGGAUUGCAGGCUUUUCCAUUGAUUGAACCGGCGGUUUAUGACUAUGCGAAAUCAUGCGAAACAAAGGCUGCAAUAUGUGCCAGGUCUUUUCUUUUGGCUUUGAGUUUCACGAACUUUCAUUGUGGACUCGCUGGGAUGCUGUCCAUCAUGAGCUCUGACCGCCUCCAUGACCCGAUCAACACUCUGUAUGCCGAGAAGAGAAAGUUGACACAAAGACCGCCACUGGGAAGACUGAGGCUCAGUGAUGGACAACAGGUGUGUCAACUCAAACUCGAUCAACAGCCCGAUGGCUUUGGCUUUGUGGAAGCAGUGGCAGCCAAAUCCAAGACGUCGGUCGGCCCAGAAAGGAGGGCGCGUCACUUGCCAGUGACCGUACCUCUUCUGCCGUUUGGUGACAGACAAUGGUUGCCUACGUGGUUGAAACUCCGUGAGAAAUUCUUGGGAGAAGCGGCCAACAGCAAGGAUGACUUCAUCCCUCCCCUGACCACACCAGCUGCCAAUGAAGCCUGGUCCAGAAUGCCAUUGACAGUUACUUCAGGAGCUAACUGGUUGCGCAGCUUGCUUCAGAACACCUUGGAGGAGCAGGGAACUCCCAUUGGUACUCACAGCCUCAAGGCUAGCCUGUUGUCGACGUGUGCAAUGUUUGGAAUGGCGCAUUCCCAGCGAAAACUUAUGGGAUACCAUGCAGGUAGCAAAGAGCAGAGCAUGCUGUGCUACUCCAGAGACAGCAUGGCGGAACCAGUGCAACAGAUGUAUGAAAUGAUACAACCAGUGAAGGCUCAGGCCUUUCUACCCGACUUUUUCAGUUCGGGCCGUUUUCUUCAUCGUGAACCAGGGCAUCAAGUUGCAGAAAAAGAAGGAGAUGAAUUGAGUGAGUCCUCACCGAAGUUGCCUUCAGAAGAAGGCGUUUUUGUCCGCCACAAGAUUUCGAGACGCAUCCACAUCAUGGCCGAUGAAGUUGGACUGGAUUUCGUUUGCGGCAGGAAAAUGUCCGCUUCCUGCGAGCCCGCUCCCUUGCCCAGCAUGCGCUAUGGUGACAACAAGGCAGUCUUCAAAAGACGUUGCGAGGCGGUCGUACUUGAGUCAGAAGUGAUAGAACAGACCAUCAAUUAUGGACUGGAUACCUUGGCAAAAUUUGCCCUUGCAUAUCACUUUUCACUUGGAAGCGCAGAUGAAUUUCCCUUGAUGCAGCUGGCAAAGGAGAUAAUGAAACGUGCACCUUCAACUGUAGUGAUGUCUUGUGUCGGACACCUUUUCAGUGAUAGCUAUGCCAAUGUUGCUGCAGAUAUCAAGUAUUCUGUUGAAGCAACGGAUGACAUGCCAACCCAUAGACUGACACCGGCACAGAGAGCGGAACGUUGGCGUCUGCAACAACAACGUUUGUUAGGUGUCAACAUUUCAGGACCCUACGAACCUGGGAACGCACUAGCGGACCGUUGCAUAGCAAGGUAUGAUGCUGACCGCAUUCAGUUCAUUCCACGGGACGUUUGCAUAGGGGCAUCCCGUCUGCAGAUGGCUCUAAAGGGCCACAGCCGCUGCGAUCUACUGAACAUCCAUUGA